AUGUUGCGCCUCCCGCUCCUUGUAUUCCUCACUGUGCACAGCUGCACAGCGUACGUGACAGAGCCACCAUCGUUUGCCGAACGCCUCGACAGGCUGUACGAGAAACUCGAACGAUUCACGUUAGCACCGCCCGUGUCGAAACCGAUCGAAGACAAACUGAACGCGAAGCUAGAUAAACUUAACGCGCUCAAACCCGAUCCUAUAGCGGACGAUGACGAGGAGUUAGUGUCGACUAUGCAAUUAUGGGGUGAUAUGAGUGAAGAGCAGUUGCGCGAUGUCAUUAAGGAACUGCAACUGAUGAAAGACGAGGAAAAAAGUGAGCGGUUAGUUGACGGAGAAUACGGUGAUGGUGACUACAACGACGAGGACACCUUCCUACAAGACUUGGGCGAUGGGGACUACGCAAUGGACGGCAGCGAGGACUGGGACCCCAUCGAUGACCCAGACACAUCGACUUCCAAACCAGGCGCCGUGGUACCUUCGGCGAUUACCAGGACCGACUCCGGGUACAGGGAGGUCGUGGUGUCCGCUGUAGACCCGGUCGCAGCCACCUAUGAGAGACCGAGAAUUCUAGACGACUCUAAUCUCACGCCCGUAGAGCGAGUGGCACUACGUCGCGCUGCACUCGCCAACAUGGGUACUGUGGUGCGAGCCGGCAAGUGCCUGACUCCGCAGGCGCGCUGGCUUCCUGUACGCCAGCUAGCGCCAGCUGCUGAUACUGUUUACAUGCCGCCCUGCGUACAGCUGCAUAGAUGCGCUCCAGAUUCCGGAUGCUGCUAUAGUGAAGCAGAAGUGUGUGCGCCAGUAGACGGGAAAUAUGUCGCUAUACCAUUUUAUUUGAACAAAGUGGACGGCAACUUCACUGUGGCCCGCAUGUUAUUCUUUAACCACACACGCUGCGCAUGCGUGUCCCGUGAGACUCUGCAGAGUACAGCGCGGGCGAAGGUCGAGACGCAUUCUACAGAGAUCCAGGAGAGCACCAGGGAGAAACAGGUCGACUGGCGCCAGCCCACUGAGGAGCCGAGGCUGGAGAGAGAUGAAGAGCAGACAGCGCCACCGCAGUUGCGCAGGUGCACGUGCCCAGUGCUGUUCACCGCGCGCAUAUCGAACGGGGCGUGCACGUGCAUCUGCGACUGGGCGGAGCCGGGCAGGCGGAGGGACUGCCAGUCGCUGGCGCGCGGGCGCGAGCACUUCGGGCUGCGCGACCGCGUGUGCGUGUCGCGCGGCGACUGCGCGCCGCCCGCCUGCGAGCACGGCCGCUACGACCCGGCCGCCGGCCGCUGCCCGCGCCGCUACCGCCGCCUGCGCUACCACCGCGCCAGGUACCACCCCGACAAAACUGUCAUCGUGUGA